CCUCCCGUCCGUCCGUCCCCCCAUUUGAUCAAAAAACAUCGUGCCGAGUGAUAUCGGGAUACACAGAGAAACAGGUGAGGGAUGAACGCGAGAGGAGGAUCGGUGCGGUGGAGGCAGAAAUGGAGGCAGCAGCAGCCGCUGGAGCCGCUCAUGGAAGGGCCCGACCCGGAGAUGCAGCAGCAAGGCCAGCGGAAGGAGCGGUCGUGGGACGCGAUCCGGGAAUGGUUCCGCUCCCAGAAGGCGGGCGCCCAUCACUGCGUCCACACCACCACCAGCAGGGCGGCUGAGCUGAGGCUGCUCCUCAGCGUGCUGGGCUGCCCCCUCGCCCCCAUCCCGCUCACCGCCUUGCCCCACCACCCCCUCCUCCCGCCCUACUCCAUCCCCAUUCAGAACUCCAUGGCCCAUUACAUCCUCAAGCAGUACAUGGCCGCCACCGGUUGCUCCCACCCCCACCGCCACCGCGCCCCCGUCGCCAACAUGUACGCCGCCGGCCGCGUCAAGAUGGCCUGCUGCGAGACCGAGCUCUCCUCCGGCAAGUCCGUCAAGUGCGUCGGCGCCACCCGACCCACCCCCCACCACGGCAGCUUCGUCCUCUGGCAGAUGACCCCCGCCUUGUGGUCCGUCGAGCUCGCCCUCGUCGCCGGCGGGCCUCCCAACUCCAAUCUACAUUCCAGCGACGACUUCUCUCACUACAGUACCGUUAACGACAACAAGGUGGUCGCCGGCAGCGACGGCAAGAUCGUGUGGCGUCACACUCCCUGGCUCGGCACUCACGCCGCCAAGGGCCCCCACCGUCCCUUGCGUCGCCUCAUUCAGGGACUUGACCCGGAGAGCACGGCUCGGCUGUUUGGCAAGGCGCAGUGCAUGGGGGAGAGGAGCAUAGGGGAGGAGGAAUGCUUCGUGCUCAAAGUGGCAGCGGAACGGGAAGCGGUGAUGGAGAGGAGCGAGGGCGGGGCGGAGGUGUUGAGGCACGUCCUCCAUGGCUACUUCAGCCAGAAGAGCGGCCUCCUCAUUUACCUCGAGGACUCCCACCUCACCCGUGUGCACCAUGUCCCUACCAGUAACAGCCCUGGCGAGGACAGUGAACUAGACGAUCAAGAACAACAACACGACGAAGAGCCCGCAUCGUUGGGUGAGACUGUGUACUGGGAGACGACGAUUGGGAGCAGCAUCGGGGACUACAGAGAGGUGGAUGGGCUGAUGAUCGCUCACGAGGGGAAGUCCAUCGCCACCCUCUUCCGCUUCGGGGAGACGUCAAUGCAGUACAGCCGCACCCGCAUGGAAGAAACCUGGACCAUCCACGACGUCGACUUCAACGUCCCGGGUCUCUCCUUGGACCACUUCAUCCCUCCUUCCGAUAUCCACAGCCCUUCGCCUUGACACAUCCCUACCUCCUAAUGACACUCCCAUUUAAUUGGACGAACCAUUCCUAGCUAAAUCCCACCUUCUCAUAAUUAACAACUGCUCACAAUGCUUCCUGUAUAUGAACCCUUUAGAUUAAUCGUUGGGUUGUUCUAAGUAAUUCUUAUUUUUCUUUCGCUGUUGUCAA